AUGGCUCAUUGGGGUGGACGACACGGCACCACUCAGGUGGUCAUCGUCUUUGUCUUCCUUAUACUGGCUUUCAUCGUUCUGUCUCUGCGACUCUUUACUCGAGUGAUCGUCACACAAAACCAUGGUCCAGAGGAUUGGGUCAUCGCGGCGGCUUUCUGCUUCUCCAUCACACAAGCAGUGUUUGUACUUAUCGGUAUGCGAAUUCAAUCCGCACUUGGGCCCUUCAAUGCUAAAUACUCUCANGAGGUCCAGAACGGUCAAGGUCUAUCACAAAGUAUCCUCUCGGCGGAUGACGUUCUCAACCUACGAAAGGUAUGA